CCGGCUAGUAUUAUCGGCGGCGGUUGUCCUUGCAAACAGAAUCUCUCUCUCUCUCUCUCUCUCUCUCUCUCUCUCUCUGUGGAGAUCUUUGUGUUUCCUGCUUCUCCGAAGCAAAUGUGAGCAUCGGUGUUCUCCGAAUCUGGUAGCUGUUUUUUUUUUCCAUCGGAUUUCACAUCGAAUGCCCUAAAAGAGAAGUUUCCGAUCGCAGUAUUCAAUUCUCCAACAGUGAAAUUGGAAUAAAGGGUUGUCGUCUGCUUCGUUUCGUCCUUCGACCCUGUUCUCUGCUCGUUGGAAUCUCCUCCAGAUGAAGCACUUUCAGCUUCCGCAGCAUCUCCAUCAGCCGCAGAGAACAGCACUCGCCGGCGUUUUCGUGCUUCUUCUCCCGAUUCUCUCGCCGAAUCUCUUCAGCCCUCUGGGUCGCUCGUUUCCUUCUCUCUUCUCUGAAUGGAAUGCUCCGAGGCCAAGACAUCUACGCCUACUCGAGGGCGCUCUUAGUCGAGAAAUCCCGAUUAGACAACAAGUUGAGUUAUGGUCUCCUUUGCCCGAUCAAGGAUGGAAGCCUUGUACUGAAUCUUAUACAGUGUCUUCACUUUCAGAGAAGUCUCAAGGGUUUCUUCAGGUGUUCCUUGACGGUGGAUUGAAUCAACAAAGAAUGGGGAUAUGUGACGCGGUUGCAGUUGCCAAGAUUUUGAAUGUUACACUUGUGAUUCCACACUUUGAAGUUAAUCCUGUCUGGCAAGAUUCUAGCUCGUUCACGGAUAUAUUUGAUGUGGACCACUUCAUUAGCAUCCUUAAAGACGAGGUACAGAUUGCUAGAGAGCUGCCCACAUCCUAUGCUUGGAGCACACGUGAGUAUUAUACCACGGGUAUACGAUCUACGAGGAUUAAGACUGCUCCUGUUCAUGCAUCAGCGAGGUGGUAUGUGGAAAAUGUGUUGCCAGUUAUUCAGAGCUAUGGGAUUGCUGCCGUUGCUCCCUUCUCUCACCGUUUGGGAUUUGAUAAUUUGCCCGAACAUAUACAACGGUUACGCUGUAAAGUCAAUUUUGAGGCACUAAAGUUUGUUCCUCGUAUCUGGGAACUGGGAGACGCUCUUGUGCAUCGACUUAGACACCCUGCUUCCAUCUCCAAAACUUCAGGAACUCAGCCGCAGAAAGACAGAGUAGAUAUUAUUGCAAAAGCAAGAGCUGAAACUUUCGCUGUGCUACAUCUUCGUUUCGAUAAAGAUAUGGCUGCUCAUUCAGCCUGUGACUUUGGAGGCGGUAAAGCUGAAAAGUUGGCUCUGGCAAAAUACCGGCAGGUGAUUUGGCAAGGAAGAGUAUUGAAUUCUCAGUUCACCGAUGAGGAGUUACGGGGUAAAGGACGUUGCCCUUUAACUCCGGAAGAAGUCGGGUUGCUUCUUGCAGCUUUGGGCUUCAACAACAAUACCCGCCUCUAUCUAGCUUCACAUCAGGUAUAUGGAGGAGAACAGAGAAUUUCGGCUUUGCGCAAACUAUUUCCGGAGAUGGAAAACAAGAAGAGCCUCGCCUCCAUGGAGGAGCUGGCCGAUGUAGAAGGCAAAGCUUCGUUACUCGCUGCAGUAGAUUAUUACGUGAGCAUGAAAAGCGACAUCUUCAUCUCUGCAUCUCCCGGGAACAUGCACAACGCUCUGCUUGCGCAUAGAGCAUACCUGAAUCUAAAGACGAUAAGACCGAACAUGGUACUGUUAGGACAGUUGUUCCUGAACAAGAGCAUUGGCUGGCCUGAGUUUGAGCGUGCGGUUGUGAAUAGUCACAAGAACAGGCAAGGCCAGAUUCGGAUUAGGAAGGAGAAGCAGUCUAUUUACACUUACCCUGCUCCUGAUUGUAUGUGUAAAGCCUCAGCUUGAUUCUUCUCUCAAUUUUGGUUUCAAGUUAUGCUGCAACAGUUCACUGAGGAAUUUUGCUGAUAUCUCCUAGUAUUAUUUUUGGAGAUAUUGUGGUGACACGUUUUUUUUUUCUAUGUGAUAAUUAGAUUAGAAAUUAACAUUUUCGUUUCAAUAUGUAUAUUAUACAUU